UAGUUCUGCAUCAUCGAUCUUCAAUACAGUAACAAUCGCUUUCACUCAACGCCAUUCUGUAUUUAACCCUUCAAUACUUCUCUCUUUCCCCUUCCCUUCUCUACGAUCUGCUUCUUUUUGCUAACUGUUCCCAUUUUCAACACUUUAAGCCUACUAGAGUCUGAAAUGGAAAACGGGGAUCAGUUCCAGGAAAUUUCAAAGACCAAAUACAAUUGUCUUUUAUUUGAUCUUGAUGAUACCCUUUAUCCUUUGAGUUCUGGAUUGGCUGAGCAAGUUAAAAAAAAUAUCCAGGAAUACAUGCUUCAAAAGCUUGGGAUACCGGAAGCUAAGGUUUCCGAGUUGUGUUUUUCGUUAUAUAAGACCUACGGGACAACCAUGGCUGGUCUCAAGGCUAUUGGCUUUGACUUUGACUAUGAUGACUUCCAUGGCUUUGUUCAUGGGAGAUUGCCAUAUGAUUUACUCAACCCUGAUCCUGUUCUGAGGGGAAUUUUGCUAAACUUGCCUAUUCGAAAAAUUGUUUUUACAAACUCAGACAAGGCCCAUGCAAGUAGAGUGCUCCACAGGCUUGGAUUGGAGGAUUGCUUUGAAACGAUUAUAAGCUUUGAGACCCUGAAUUCCUCUAAUAAAUUGAAAACUCCAGACAAUGAAGGUGGCAGUGAAUAUAAACCAUGUUCCACGGAAAUUUUUGACUUUUAUGAGUACAUUUGCAGGCCUGAUUCUGAUGCAGUGCUUCCAAGAACCCCGGUUGUGUGUAAACCCUUUGAAGAUGCAUUUGAAAAGGUUUUCAAUAUGGCAGAUAUUGACCCUCAAAGAACUUUAUUCUUUGAUGACAGUCUCCGCAAUUUACUAACCGGCAAAUCCUUGGGCCUCCACACAGUCUUGGUGGGUACAUCCGUUCGAACUACGGGAGUGGAUCAUGCCUUAGACAGCAUCCAUAAUAUGAAGGUGGCAUUUCCAGAACUGUGGGAAUCCGACGAGAAGCCUGAAAGUAUCGAGUGCUCUAGAAAGGUUUCCAUUGAAACAUCAGUGAUAGCUUAAUAAGUCCGAGUUCCGAGAACUUUUGGUGUCUAGUACUGUAUUGGAAUACGAUGUUGAUUAAUGUUGUUGGAAGAAUUUCAUAUAUUUAUAUAAAUAAGUUUUUAUUCACCAUUUCGGCA